GUGAGUGUGUGUGUCUAUUUGCGGUUCAAAUAUUUUUUUAGUUAUCACACAUUUGCCAUAUGUAUGUGUGGUAUAUGUGUUUUAAUACAUGAAAUACAAAAUUAAUACAAUGGAGACGAGAUCGAGACCAUUACGGAUACUGUUUCUCAUAGUUUAUGCAUUUAUCUUUGUGUUGGUUGGUGUGGGCCUAACAGUACUGACUUUGCAAUGGUUGAACCCAUCGGGUAAUUCAUGUGAUUUUUCCAGCAAAGAGUUAGUGAAUAUCGUGAACCUGGAGACCAACAAUAAGCUCAAAGAUGACAAUAAUAGUCAAACGGUUGAGUUUACGGGAAAAUACAAAAUGACAAAAUCGGAAAACUUUGGCAAUUUUCUCGAAGAAUUGGGCGUCGGGUUUGUCCUCAGAGCUAUCGCCAGYCGAGCGCAUCCCGACUAUCACAUCACCCAAAAUGAUGACGACUCGUAUACAUUGAAAACUGUCUCCGAGUUUAAGACAUCAGAGAUUACAUUCAAAUUUGGCGAACCAUUUGAAGAAAGUCGUAUGGAUGGCGCAACAGUUAACUCAACCAUCACCAGGAAUGGCAACAAAUGGAUCCAAAAACAGGUCGGAGACUCAAAUACAGUGACAAUUGUACGCGACUUUCGUCCGGACGGAACCAUUCGGGUGACGGGUGUUGUCAACGAAGUAGGCUUUGAAAGAAUCUAUGAAAAGACGGACAAACUUUCGUCAGAUGAAGAAGAAUCUGAAGACUAAGUGAGAGAGAAAAAUGUCGUCAAAAAAUAUUAUAAAAAUAUCUAUUUCUCAAAUAUGACUAAACAUUAUAACGUUUUUUGACAAAUUAUUAUAAUGUUAUGACAUGUUUUUUGCUUAAUUUUUUUAUUAUAUUAAUUUUUGACAUCAUAUUAAAAGGUUAUUAUAUAAAAAAAUUCCAUCAAUUUGUGGUAAAUCU